AUGGAUUUGGCCGCCUUCGCUCCUGCUGCGACGGAUCUUCCGCAUCGGGAGCGGAGGGGCGGAUCCCUCUUCCCAAAGCCGGGUGGGCUGGCCUCCGGACCCCACUCCACGCUGAAUGUAAAUGUUUGUCCCGAGUACUAUGUCAUCUAUUGUCUUCAAGGAAGCCUCGGGGUGGUGCAGUACCUUUUAACACCUCUAUCUUCUCUUGAAGUCCACUAA